UGAUUCCUUUAUAUAUAUUCUCUCCUUCUUUCUUUUUUUUGAUCCUCUUCUUCUUUUCUCAAUCAAAAUCCAAUUUUUUUUCCUCUCUGAUCAUCGAACCCUAGUUUCUUCUAUUGGAUACUAAUCGGAUCGCCAUGGCUAAGAACUCCUUCAAGCUCUCUAAUCCUCUGGAGAUGAGAAUGGCUGAAUCUACUCGUAUCAGAGCGAAAUACCCUGACAGAGUUCCUGUGAUUGUGGAGAAGGCUGGACAGAGUGAUGUUCCUGACAUUGACAAGAAGAAGUAUCUUGUACCAGCUGAUCUAACUGUUGGCCAGUUUGUGUACGUUGUGAGGAAAAGAAUCAAGCUUGGAGCCGAAAAAGCCAUCUUUGUCUUUGUCAAGAACACACUACCCCCAACCGCUGCAUUGAUGUCUGCAAUCUAUGAAGAACACAAAGACGAAGAUGGGUUUCUCUACAUGACAUACAGUGGAGAGAACACAUUUGGAUCUGUCUGCUAAUCAGCUUGCUUCUACGAUUCUUGAUGAUUGUACAUUCUCUAGCUUUGGCACUGAUUCGUCGAUUUUAAUAAUGUCUUUUUACUUUCUGGGCUUUACCUUUUGAGCUCUCACUCUCUCUUUUGCUUUUGAAGAUGGAUUUGAAACAAGUUUCUAUCUUUAGAUCUAAUUUGACUCUAUCUUCUUUGUU